AUGUACAGUCCUGGGGGAGAUUUGGGAGAGCGUCUUGGAAACGAUCGUCCACAUCUCACUAUUAUUAGGAACCAGUUCGGUCAAUGUGCGUACGCCACCGUGGCGUCAUACGAUGAGCUUUUUAUGCGGCAGGUCACUCGUAAAAUACUCGUCACCCACGCCAUCGUGAUUCGAUGCUUGUUUUCGGCUACUCACUCAGAAAUCAAAGACUACACGAUCGACUAA